AUGGUCGCCGCGGGCGGCCCCGCGAUGGCUGAUCUCAACAAGUAUGAAUACGAGGCAGGGGGGGAGUUCGGCGUCGGCACCGCCGGCCAGUACGGCGAGGCGGACCUGACGGGCCGGGACUUCUCCAACCAGGACCUGCGGCGGUCGAACUUCACGGCGGCGGACUGCCGGCGGUGCAACUUCGAGAACACGAAGCUGAACGGCGCGUACUUCAUCAAGAGCGUGGUCUUCGCGGCCAACUUCGAGGGCGCGGACCUCUCCGACACGCUCGCGGACCGCGCGGUGUUCAACGAGGCCAACCUGCGCAACACCGUGCUCGUGCGGUCGGUCCUGACGCGGUCGGACCUGGGCGGCGCGGACAUCUACGGCGCGGACUUCACGAACGCGCUCGUGGACAAGCUCCAGGUGCAGGCGCUGUGCCGGUACGCCGACGGCGUGAACCCGACCACCAACGUGAGCACGCGCAAGUCUCUGGGCUGCUCCUCGCGGCGCGUGCGGCUGGAGAGCACGCCGAGCAACCCGGACGGGCCCCAGGUGUCGGAGGAGGAGAAGCGGGCGUUCAUGUCGAGCGUCCCGUCGUACGGCGCGGGCAACCAGUGA